GGAGGAUUUGGACUCCCCCAGCCUUCCACAAGGCGCUAUGCAUGCCGGGCCUUGUAGUCUCCGGCUCCCUGGCCGGCUGGGCUGGGCCGCACGCGGCUCCGGGUGGAGUCGGCGGGCGCAGGAUAUGAGCUCACAGCCUGGGAUUGCUGGCGGGCGGGCAGCUACAGGCUAGGGGCUGCACGGAGUCCGCUCGCCACCCAGCUGAGAGGAGAGGCGCCCCCGGGGACGCACUGAGAAUAUGAGGCUCUGGCCUCCUCUGGCCACUCACUCGUGACCCCUUCCACCACGGCGGAGCCUUCCAAGCCCACCUCUUGCCGUGUGGUCAUCUACUUGCAGCGGGAGAUGUCAGGGGAUACCUGUCUGUGCCCGGCCUCGGGGGCCAAGCCCAAGCUAAGCGGCUUCAAGGGAGGAGGGCUGGGCAACAAGUACGUCCAGCUCAACGUGGGUGGCUCCCUGUACUACACCACCGUGCGGGCACUAACCCGCCAUGACACCAUGCUCAAGGCCAUGUUCAGCGGGCGCAUGGAGGUGCUAACCGACAAAGAAGGCUGGAUCCUCAUAGACCGGUGUGGAAAGCACUUUGGCACCAUUUUGAAUUACCUCCGAGAUGACACCAUCACUCUCCCUCAAAACCGGCAAGAAAUCAAGGAAUUGAUGGCAGAAGCAAAAUAUUACCUCAUUCAGGGGCUGGUGAACAUGUGCCAGGCAGCUCUGCAGGACAAGAAGGACUCCUACCAGCCUGUGUGCAACAUCCCCGUCAUCACAUCCCUGAAGGAGGAGGAGAGGCUCAUCGAAUCCUCCACCAAGCCUGUGGUGAAGCUGCUGUACAACAGAAGCAACAACAAGUAUUCCUACACCAGCAACUCCGACGACCACCUGCUGAAGAACAUCGAGCUGUUUGACAAGCUCUCCUUGCGCUUCAAUGGCCGCGUGCUUUUCAUCAAGGACGUCAUCGGCGAUGAGAUCUGCUGCUGGUCCUUCUAUGGCCAGGGCCGGAAGCUGGCAGAGGUGUGCUGCACUUCCAUCGUGUAUGCCACGGAGAAGAAGCAGACCAAGGUGGAAUUCCCAGAGGCCCGAAUCUAUGAGGAAACACUCAAUGUCCUACUGUACGAGACUCCCCGCGUCCCUGACAACUCCUUGUUGGAGGCCACGAGCCGUAGCCGCAGCCAGGCCUCCCCCAGUGAAGAUGAGGAGACCUUUGAACUGCGGGACCGUGUCCGCCGCAUCCACGUCAAGCGCUAUAGCACUUACGAUGACCGGCAGCUCAGCCACCAGUCUGCCCACCGCGACUGACAAGCCCCUCAGGGAGUGGGGGCACAGGAGGCCCCAUCUCCCGCCCUGUGGAAGCCCGCCCCAUUGGCCACCCCGUGCUGCUGCUAGCUGGGUUUCUGCUCCAGCACCCAGAGGCAUGGCGGGCCCUGCUGGGAGGUCAGCGGGCCUGGGCGGGGGAGGGACCACAUUCCUUUGCCCUGCCUCCAGGCACUUCCAGAUGACUGAGCCCUGUCCCACUUGCUCAGCAUCUCCCUGCCUGCCCGACAGGGAGCCGCUUCUGCUCUGGGGCGAGUUCUGCUAAGAACAUUCCCCCAGGCCCUUUGCUGAGCGCCCCCUUCCUCUGCCAAAGGGCUACUACCCCUUAGGCCUCAGCUGAGGCCCCUGGCGAACGGCUUCCUUCAGGAAAGGGCGGCUGCCGGUGCUGUGGAGGCCCAGUUUUUAACAGAAGGUAGGGCUUCCUUUUUCCUAAGGUAUUUAAGCACAUGCUUGAUGAGUUUGAUUUUUUAAAAAUGAUCUAGGAAACAAAUAGUUUUAAGUCUAAUGACAAGGGGAUUGGGCAUUUUGGUUGCCCUCCAGAGUGCUAAGACCCUGUGUGUGACAGAACCCUUGGCCUUCUCCAUGCCUUUGGGGUCUGCCUUUAAAGCACUUUGUACUGUUAUUCAGAUUUGUAUUCUGCCCUGACCCACGUCUUUUCUGACCCUAAUCCCUUGGUCCCUGCAGAGCCAGUCUGAGGGAGGGGAUAAAGACAAAGCAAUAAAAAUACAGACUGGCCUUGGCUUGGGCAGCCGGGCCACACAGCCAGCCCACAGAGCACUGAGGAAGGGAGGAUGCCUAAGUUGGGACUCGUCCUAAUAGGGUCCCUGUGAGAAAAGACACUUUACCGCUACAUCUUAGAGUCACGUAACUGGCUCCUAGGGUCUAACAUGAUUGCUUUUUUUGCUUUUCUCGUCUUUGAGUGCCCUUGGCUCUGAGGCAUGUUGUCCUCACAUACUGUAAAGCCAAAGCGCAGUCACAGGCUACGGGAGCUACUUCACACCAGAAAUGCAAGCCAAGGGUUGGGCUGUGGAGCCCACAGGCACUGUUGUAGUGCUGCCUGGCAUGACCAUCAGCCAAGGACAGCGAACUCAGAGCCCUGUGCUCCUAGCAGCUUCUGUGAAGAGGUGGCAUGUGCUCGGCCAUGUAUCUCCCACCCCGCUCCAUCCAUGCUGUUGGUUUGCGUCUUGGCUGGGGAUGGUGGUUCUGCCCAGUGGUGAGUCUCUGAACACCGGAUGAUGGAAGCAACCCAAGCCCCUAGAAGGCCUCCAUUCCUUUGGGUAGCGUAGCCAUGGAGAUGCCAGCAUCAGCCAGGGUGAGCUCAUCUUUAGGGCUUUGGUUUUCAUUCCCUUCUUUUGCUUGGCUUGGCCCUUGGGAAGCAGCUUAUCUGAAUUCUUUCCAGAGGAAUGCCGUCAGGGAGGGGCCAUUCUGCCAGUCUAACAAAGCAGCACAACCACGGACAGGAUCCACUCUCGGGAAGGGAUGUAGGUUAUCAAGUUCAUCCCUCUCAGCGACUCUUAUGAUAGCUAAGUGGCCACUCACGGCUGACCCCACAGAGUCUAUGGGCAAGUGCCAGGCCCAGGGUCAGACACUCACAAGGACCUGAAGUGACAGGAUGGCAGGGGACAUGUGACUUCAAUCAGGCAUUUUACAUGUUAGUCACAGUCUUGAAUGUAUACAUAGCUCUAAGAGUCUCAGGGCAGGUACCUUGGUGAUGAGCUACUAGUUCUACAAGCCUUCACUGGAGUUACAAGAUAAAGACAAAUCCAUUUAUUUGGCCAAGUUAGGCUUUGGCUUUCCCACAGAGACUGGAAUGCUUCAGCCUGAGAUCACUGGCCUAUUUUCUCAGCUGCCCUCUUGAAGCCCUUUAAUACUGAAAUUCCCAGCUCCCCACUGAGGUAUUUUCAUGCUUGCCCUUUGACCUCCCCCCACCAGCCUCUACUUACUGCUUUGCCAUUCAGAUCCUUGGCUGGCUCAGUGGUGACUGGUCUGUCUUCCUGAGAAAGCACAGGUGUCUGGGACUGGGCAUUUACUUCCCUGACUGAAAAUAUCUCCUUGGUCUUGAGGAAACUACUAAUACUGAACUCACUGAAGUGAUCUUGGCUUCUGUAAUCAGACUUUGUAGCUUAAGGGUUUGGGGGAAUUUUCUUUGAAAAGUGUCCUGGCCCCAUUCAGAAAGCAUCUCUUGGCUGUGUGAAUUUUUCAAGGUCAAGCAGCCCAGGUGGAAGUAAAAAGUGUGAAUGUCAGACUUUCUUAUCAGUUUCUGAGAAAACCGGAAGCCUGGGCAACAGCACAGACCGAGUGUUGGGUUUUAUUGAAUCUGGUAUGUGACCGAGGUCGGCCUGAAGGCUGGCACCGGUCCUGGGCAUGAGAAUUUUUCCUUUAUCACAUAACUGCAAUACUUUUGCCCAGCGUGAGUGCUGGAAGUAAACACUAAUUUCUAAUAAAAUUGUGUUACACU